AUGUGUUGUUGGCUUUCUCCAAUCUCGCCAUCUGGUUGGGACAGAAGGGCGGUGGAUACGGUGGUCGGAGGAGCAAGAGGAGUUCUAUUCUUUAAAAUUUUGAAUUCUUAUCGCUGCAAAAAGCUCAGAAGACAAAUCACACACACAGGUGCUACCACAAGCCAUAAUAUCAAGCAAUGGAUUGUCUUACUGGCAUCUUUAGCAACCCGUUUGCUCAGUGUCUCAUCAAUCCCGUGA